AUGCUAGCAGAUUUGGUGAAAGAAAAGAUUAGGAACCAGGAUGACGCCCUUCGUUGUCUAGGCGGGUUAUUUCGGGUCGUUCUUCAAAUGCCGUCGUUCCAUUCAGACGUCAAAGUCGGCCGUUUUCUCUUACAUUCCUGCAUCUGCAUCCAUCUUUUUGAGGAGAAAGCAAAGUUCGACUUUCUUGUGUUUGCUGCCCAAAAGCUUGCUGCAUUGGUCAGAGGAGAAAUUGUCGAGGAAAGUCCGGAUAAUCCGAUGUUCCAAGAGGUGGCCACUCCUGGUCAUUUGGUGCUUAUGCUUAUUAAAAGUUCCGGAUUUGUGAUAUUAGCUGAACGCUUGAAUUAUCUUCGAUUCAUCAGUCACUUCAGGGGUAUCCAUCGAGGCGCAUUUUACACCCAUAUGCGCUCGACCGAAGUACGAAAGCUGCGGCUCGAAGCCUGGGGAUUCAUUUGUCCUGUCCAUACGCCUGACGGCACUCCGUGCGGACUGCUGAAUCAUUUGGCCUCUUCCUGUUGUGUCACAUAUUCUGAAUCGACGAAGGCGGUGUUGGAAGUGAUGCCGCUUUGUGGUGCCAUUUCUUGCAGCAUGGCCACCGUUGCUAAUGCUUUUAGCGGAAGGGAUUCUUAUCACGUGAUCGUUGAUGGCCACGUAGCCGGCGUGAUCGAUUAUGUCGGCGCCAGAAAGCUCGAAUCAUUAUUGCGGGCAGAUAAGUUGAAGUUGCACAGUGGAGUGCGAAAAUUUGUCGAACUGGCGUUCAUCGAACGGACUGCAUACAAAGGCUUCUAUCCAGCUUUCUACGUGUUCACCGAUGCAGGCCGUAUGAUGAGGCCGGUGCGCAACCUUUGCUUUGACUCUCCUAACAACGUCGAAUAUAUCGGCACGCUGGAACAGGCCUUUAUGAAUAUCUGCAUUUAUCCGUCAGAAAUAGAACCUGAAACUACUCAUCAGGAAAUUUCGCCGAGUUCCAUGCUCAGUUAUGUCGCCAAUCUCAUUCCUUAUCCGGACCACAACCAGAGUCCACGCAACGUUUAUCAGUGUCAGAUGAGCAAACAGACCGUCGGUGUCCCCGUUCAUACUAUUCGUUCCCGAACCGAUGGCAAAUUGUACAUGUUGCAAGCACCCCAGAUGCCGCUGGUCAAGCCGUCGGCUUAUGAUCGGUACAAUAUCAACGAAUAUCCCCUUGGAACGAAUGCUAUUGUCGCUGUCAUCUCUUAUACGGGAUAUGACAUGGAAGAUGCUAUGAUUAUCAAUAAAGCAUCGUUCGAAAGAGGCUUUGCUCACGCGUGCAUCUAUAAGACAGAAAGGAUCCAGCUCAAUUCUGGUAACAGCGGUUUUGGAAAAGAAAAAAAUUUCAUAUUUCACCGUGAUCCUUCUAUGCCAGAACUGUCAAAUUUUUUGGAUUGUGAUGGUUUGCCUUACAUAGGACGUCUCUGCAUUGAAAAGGAACCCUUUUACUGCGUUUUGGAUUUGAACAGUGGGAUGUACAACGUGAAGAACUAUACGGGAAAUGAAGAGAUGUUCGUCGACUGC